UUUAUUCGCCUAUUGCCUACUUACAUACCUUUACCUCUAACCUACCAAACUCCAAGGUACCCUACUUAACAAUUCAGAGGGGCUAAUCAAAAGCCAGCCAUUGAUAGCAGCCUUGGAACCUACCACCUAUCUACCUAUUUACACAGUACCCUAUUAGCAUAAAUCCGAAUAAGACAACACAUUACUACUUCAUACAACCAAGCUACAUUAACCAUUCAUUGCUAGCGCUCAGCAGCACAGGAGCAUGGCGAACUACCAAAAUCGCAAUUCACUUUACGGCGGUAGUGCAAGUAGCCAUCCCAUGAGCGAGAAGUACGACAACGGUAUUCAGAGACGAUCAACAGGCAAAGGGGAGCGUAAUACGCGGUCUAGCGAAGGCACAGUCAGCACAGUCAUGAGCGCGUCUACGGGUAGAGAUUCGUCGGCGACGCAUGUAACAGAGGCACCGGCCUAUUCCAAGAAGAUCGUCGUCGUUGGUGAUGGUGGAUGCGGAAAGACUUGCCUCUUGAUCAGCUACAGCCAAGGGUAUUUUCCAGAGAAAUAUGUCCCAACAGUAUUUGAAAAUUACAUCACCUAUCCGACUCACCAACCGAGUGGUAAGACCGUCGAGCUCGCCUUAUGGGACACCGCCGGACAAGAAGAAUACGAUAGGUUGCGACCGCUAUCAUACCCAGAGACCGAUCUUAUCUUCGUCUGCUUCGCCAUAGACUGCCCUAAUUCCUUAGACAACGUUAUAGACAAGUGGUAUCCUGAAGUCCUUCAUUUCUGUCCAUACACGCCACUCGUCCUCGUCGGCUUGAAAUCUGAUCUGCGACACAAGAAAACUUGCGUCGAGAUGCUCAAGACGCAAGGCCUGACACCGGUGACGAGCGACCAGGGCAUGGCAGUCGCCAAGAAAAUGGGGGCGCAGUACAUGGAGUGCAGUAGCAAGGAGAUGACAGGGGUAGACGAAAUCUUCGACCGAGCGAUCCAGACCGUCGUCGCCAACGACCGCCGUAACCUCGAGAUGGCCAUGGCUGCCGCGCCCACCUCGUCUAUGGGCAGCAGCUCGCACGAAGGCAAAUCAAGUAAACAUGACAGCGGCGGCAUCCCCGGCGUCCGUGCUUUUAAGAAGAAGAAGCGGAACUGCAACUUCUUGUGAGGAACGACGAGGUAGCAGCAAGCAAGCAAGCAGGAGCAUCAACAGCAGCAGAAGAAACAAGAAUUUUUUUGAUUUUCUUGACCUACAACUAUUACACGACAACACGACAACACCCAACUUGGAAGCACGAUAUGACAACGCGACACCACAACAUAGGAUGAAUAUAUUGGGACACGAAACCACGACGGAAAGGAAGCAAGCAAGCAAGCAAGACGCGCGAAGUGAGAAAGAAGGCAAGCUAAGGGGAAAGGGGG